UCUGUGGCUUUAACCGCCUUGGCUAUGCUUGCCAGAGUUGUCGCGGCUCAGUACGAACUCGCAGACGAUGAGGUCCCUUUCAUUGGAGGCGGCGUCUACGAGGGCAGCGACCCAGAUCUCGCAGGAUGGACCGUUCAAUACAACCCACCUUCGACCCAUCAACAUACGGUGAAUACUACACUUGGGCCGUGAACAACAACACUGUUGGCAUCAACAAUAACACAUUUCAAACUGACCCUCUCGGCAUCCCAAACACCCCUGACGAGAAUACCAUCUUUCCAUUCUUCGUGAUCAACGAAGGAACACCAAAGAAGAACAUCAUCGACGACGAUGCGGACAGACAACAACCAGGCCAUAGAAAAUUCAAAAAGAUUCUCCAUGUGAUCUUCGAGAAUGAGGUCUUUAGCUGGACCAUGGGAGAUCAGCGGUGGAAGCUCCUCGCCAAGCGUGGUAGACUUUUGACCAACAGUCACGCGAUAACUCAUCCAUCGUUGGGUAACUACGCAUCUAUCUUAGCUGGUGAUUACUUUGGAAUUGCCGAUGAGGAUUUCUACAACAUCAACGCUACGACCAUCUAUGAUCUGCUGGACGAGAAGAGCAUUGACUAUGCAACUUACGCCGAGUGGUACACCCCCUUGGAGACUAAGCGAGGUCCAAAUGAUUGCAACAAUGAGAUGUUCAUCGGCCCUCUCGACAGCACAAACCCAGCUUGGAACGGACCAGUGUAUCGUCGGUUGGACGUACCACCUCUGUUGAUUACUACCUACACCAGUGACUACACCCGCUGCAGCAAAAUUUACAACGCCACCGGCAAAUUCGACGACGAUGUCUCCUCUCACAAUCUUCCUCCCUACUCCAUUUACGUCCCAGACAUGCUCUACAACGCCCACGACCCAGAAUCAGACAGUGACUACGCUCAUCAACCAACCACUGCGGGUAUCUGGUUCAACGCUUGGCUGGACAUAUAUCUUGACGAUUUGAAAGAUCAGGGAACGUUGGUUGUGGCGACUUUCGAUGAAGCGACGUGGCAAAAUGACGAUGAUUCGGACCCAAACAAUAAGAAUCAGAUUGCGACUAUCUUGUUCGGCCAGGGCAUUACUCCUAAUACUCAGGAUCCUGCGUACAUUACUCAUUAUGGUGUUCUCAAAGGCACGAUCGCAAAUUUCAAUUUGGGGUCUCUUGGACGAAAUGAUACGAAUGCUACCAAUGGCAAUCUAGCAGUGCUGGUGAACUGAGAAGGAAGAUAAGAGAUGCUGUUUCUAUAUUUUCUAAUUUUUUGAUCAAAUUUAUUUCCGUUUUAAAAAAAGAGCUCCUAUAAAUCCAUGGGAAACGGCUCUAACGGUUUUUGUGCCCUGUAGAGCUACCUGUGCUUGUGAAGGGCUUAUUUCUUGAAUCGGUAAAUAUCAAAGCAAAUAGCAGCUUAACUAAUUGUGAAAACAAUAAAAUGAUUAUUGAGUUG